AUGCAAUAACAUAAAGUUAUUUUUGGUAAUAAGCAAAUUCUGUAUACAACUACACAAACUUACUUUUAAGGCACAAGAUAUAAAUUAUUUUUGACUUCAGAAUGCAAUUAUGUAGUCAAAAUUUAUGAUGCUGGAUAAGAGAAGGUAUUUAAUUAUAUUCUAAUUUUUAUAGUAUUUGAAUACCGAAUUAUAAGCUGUUCGUCUCUUUAAGGAUAAUGAGUUUAAUAACAUUGCAAAAUAAUAUGAAGGAGAAUUAUAAACAAAUAAAAAAGUAAUAGUUUUUGAAAAAGCUGAAGUCCUUCAAAAUAUUUUGAAGGAUUCUUAAUAAGGUUUAGCAGAACCUCAAGUCCUAAAAGUAAACAGAAAAAUAAGCGUAGAUCUUAUUAGAUUUAAGCAAAGCAUUAUAGCACUGUCAUUCAUUAGGCAUAACACAUCGAGAUAUUAGACCAGAAAACAUUUUAAUUGGAUUAGAUAAACAAGCAAAAUUAUGGAAUUUUUAACGUUGUUUUUUCUAAGUAUUUGAAAUUUUAAUUAGUAAUAUGAUCAAAUACCAAAUGAAUAUUUGGGAAGAAUCAAAGAAGAAAUUGAAAUGAACACUUUUGAACAUGUAAGAGCUCCAGAAUAAAAAGAUUUAUCUUAAAGAUUGCCAAUCACAACUAAAGUGGAUAUAUAUGCUUUAGGACAAUUAAUGUAUUAUAUGAUAUUUAAAGUUCGAUAUGAUUAAAAUCCUAAUUGGGAAGGAAAGUAUAAAUUUAUUUAUAUAAGUGUUUAAUGGGGUGUAUAUAGUUAGAAAUUAUAAAAUCUAAUAAAAUAAUUACUUAUCAUUAAUCCAAAAGAUAGAAUAUCAGCUGAAUAAAUAGAAUAAUAUAUUAAUACAAUAAUAUUUUAAUAUAAGUAAGUGUUAAUAUAAAUAUAAAAUAGUGGAAUUUAAUAAUAGAUUCAUAUAAGAAGUUAAUCAACAAAUGAAAUAGUGAAUAGAGAGACAAUUAAAUAAAAUUAAGAAUUAGAUAAGUGUCAUUCAUUUGAAUUUAAAGAUUUAUAAUAGCCAUAAUCUUCAUUAUCAACAAGACUAGUUAAAUUAGUAAGUAAAGUUGCUUAAAAGACAGAUUUCUGGGUUGCUGCUUGUUUAGAAGAAGUUGAUGCAGCACCUUGUUAAAAAUAUUUUAGAUAUCUACAUUGUAAAGCAUGGUAAAAGAAACAAAAAAUUCCUAAAUUUUAUGAGAAAGUAUCAAAUAGACUCUAAUUAAAUUCUGUAAUAAUAACAUUUAAAGCUUUGCAAUUAAUACAUAAUUAUAUAAAGAAAGGUCCUUAAGAAACUAUUGUUGUAUAAAAUUAAACAUUUUCUCCAAAUACUAUAUUAGAGAGAAUUAAGAAUUUCUAAGAAUAAAAUUAAAUGAAAAACUCUAAAGAUAAAUUUAGGACAUAAUUUUUUACAAAUUUAUUACAUUCUUAUUCAAUCAUUUUAUUAGAAAAAGUUAAAUUUCAUACAUUUUAUCUUAAAUUUUUUGAAGGAAAUUAUGCUAUGAUUCCUUUCUUCAAUAAUAUGAAUGGAAUAUAAAAAUAAAGAUUAAGUGUAGCAAUAUUAAAUAAUAUGAUGAAUUUAUGGAAACAAUUAUUAAAUUUCACUUCCAACAUAUAAUUUCAAGAAUAAAAUUUAAUUAAUUUAUAAUUAGGUCUAGCUAUAACUAUGGCAGAUGAAUUAUACAAUAUUUUAUGUACUUUUACUCAUAUCUUUUAUGCUUUAAAAUAAAGUACUAAUUAUAUUAGUGGAUAGCCGACUAAUAAUAAUGAAGUUAAAUAAGCCUUUCUUACAUUAUAAGAUGAUUAUUAGAAUAACUUUUAAUAGACUAUUAAUUUUCUUGCUAUCUGCAAAAGAAUACCAUAAUUUUAAUAAUUAAUACCAGAUCCUUCUAAGAAUGCAAUCGAAACGUUGAAAAAAGUACCAUUAUUUUAAUCUACCAGAGGAGAAUUUAAUAUUAAUGAUUUCUUAAGUUAUUCUAUGUCAAUAGAUGGAAUUAAAUUACCAUAAAGUUAUGGAGAAAUAAUGAUUAAUUAAGUAAUAGAAUAUGAUGAAGAAAUAAUUGAAUUGGAAUCUAAAUAUUCAAAAUCUAAUUCAUAUCCUAUAAAAGCAGUAAUAUCUUGUUAAGUAUAAUAAGAUAAAUCAAAUUAAUUUAAUUUCGAUUUUGAAGCAAUUACAAAAAUUAAUAACAAUAAUAAUUCUUAAUAAAAUUUAGAUGAUUAAAUUAAUAAUAAAAUCAUUGAAAAUUAAAGAGAAUCUAUUAAUAAUAUAAAUUUAGAAUUAAAGAAAAAAUAAUCUAAAUAAUAAUAGCAAGGAGAAUAUAAAGGAUUAGAUUUCUCUGAUGAUGAUGAUGAUGAUGAUAAUAUUAUGAAUAAUUAAUAAAAUGAAGAUGAUGAUUUAGAAUAAUUACCAAAAAAACCUAUUGAAUUAUAACAAACUAAAAUAAGAGCACCUUUAUCAAAUUAAAAUGUUUAAUUAACUAAAGAAUUAUUAAAUGAUGAAGGAUUUUUAAAUUGGAGAUCUAAAUAAAAUAAUUAAAUUAAGUCAAAUGGAUAAAAUUAUAGAAUUUAAUCAGCUAAUACAUAAUCAAAUAAUAUUUUUGAUUAAUUUAAUAUAAAUUAAAAUUAAAAAUCUUUAGUCUUUGAUAAAAUUGAAAUACCAUUAUAAAAUACUUUUUAAGUAGUUGAUUAUUUUUAAAAACAAGGCAAAAGUAUAAAUUUAUUUAUAACAUAUAGAUGUUUCUGACUGGAUGAUUAAUCAUGAUUAAUUAAAAUUAGAAACACUAAUUGGAACAGGAAGUAGUUGUACUGUUUAUAAAGGAUAUUGGAAAGGAGGAGAAGUUGCUAUUAAAAAAAUGAAAAUUAAAUCAUUAAAUGAAAAUCAUUUAAAAGAAUUUAGAAGAGAAAUUUCAGCUUUAGUAACUAUAAAACGGCAUCAAAAUUUAGUAUAGCUUUUGGGAAUCUCAUAAAAAGAAGAUGAAUUAUAUAUUGUAACAGAAUACUGUGCUGGAGGAACACUUUUUGAUUUAUUACAUAAAAAAAAACAUUUAGAUAUAAAUUGGUAAUUAAGAGUAAAAAUGGCAAUACAAAUAGCAGACGGAAUGCUUCAUUUACAUAAAUUAAAUCCUCCAUUAAUACAUAGAGAUCUUAAAAGUUUAAAGUAAUUAUAUCUAUCAUAUUUUUAAUAGUAUAUUACUUGAAUAUAUCUAUGAUUAGAAUAGAAUAAAUAUUAAGAUUGCUGAUUUUGGAUUGGCUAGAGUAUAAGCAGAUAAUGGUGAAUAAAUGACCGGUUUCUUAGGAACUUUUGUAUAUUAUGUAUUUUACAAUAGCAUUGGAUGGCUCCAGAAGUAUUUUAAAAUAUUCCUUAUACAAUUAAAGCUGAUGUCUAUUCAUAUGCAGUAAAAUAAACAAUUCUAUGAAAUUUAGAUAGUUUUAUGGGAAAUAUGUUGUAGAUAAACUCCAUAUAAAUAAUUAUCUACUAAUCCACCUGCUAUAAUGAAAUUAGUUGCAGUAGAUAAUGGAAGGCCUGAUCUUAAUUUAAUUUAGACUGGAUGUCCUACUUUUUUGAAAGAGUUGAUGAUUAAAUGUUGGGAUAAAGAUCCUGUGAAAAGACCAUCCUUUUAAGAAAUAUUAUAAUAUCUAAGAGGAUUUUAAUGA